CGCAUCCGCGUACGAGCAACAGAAUAGGAAAGCUCUUUAUGAAGAAAGAAGAUAUCGAAUUGACAGAUUUCCUGAAUUCUCCGACCAAAGUGCAUUAUGCAGUAGGUUGUAAUACGUCACAGUACACUCAAGAUGUCGUUAUAACCUUUAAUAACCUAUAUCUUAGAACUAUGAUAAGUAGCUAUUUGAAAAACUAUACAACUGAUAGAAGUUUCCUUGAUACUGCCUGACUCAUUGUUGUUGAUACAUGACCUCAAAAGCGUAUGUUCGAUACACAUAAUGACAGUGUUCCUUUGUAUUCGAUCAAAUGCAGUGAUACAUCAGAUUUUUUAAUGGUUUCGAUAAUGUAUUGUAUCAGAUUUUGAAAAAUGUCAAUGCUUUUGGUAGCAUAGAUAAAAAAGCAACUUUAUCAACUCACUGAUAUUACCAUAGUUUAUAAAUCAGAGAAAAGUAUGGCUUUUUUUACUGGUUUGGUUAUUUUAUCUUUACUAUCUGUGACACUAAGCAACAUCAUUUAUUAUCAACCUGAAGCUAUACAUCUUGCUUAUGGAGAUAAUAUUCAUGACAUUGUUGUCACAUGGACUACAAGAAACGAUACUCAAGAAUCAAUUGUGGAAUAUGGGAUAGAGGAACUAAUUUUUACAGCUACAGGAAAUUCUACACUUUUUGUUGACGGUGGAAAUGAGAAACAAAAGCAGUAUAUUCAUAGAGUAUGGUUAAGAAAUUUAACACCUAGUACUAAAUACAUUUACCACUGUGGUAGCAAAUACGGGUGGUCCAAUGUGUUUCAUCUAAAAACUGUUCCUGAUGAAUCAACAGAAUGGUCACCUCGGAUUGUUGUCUUUGGUGAUAUGGGUAAUGAAAAUGCUCAAAGUUUAUCAAGAUUACAAGAAGAAGCACAACGUGGAUUAUAUGAUGUAGCAAUUCAUAUCGGAGAUUUUGCAUAUGACAUGAACACUGAUAAUGCACGUGUUGGUGAUGAAUUUAUGAAACAAAUUGAAGGAGUUGCUGCUUAUUUACCAUAUAUGACAGUAGCUGGUAAUCAUGAAGAGAAAUAUAACUUUAGUAAUUACAGAUCUCGUUUCACAAUGCCUGGAGAUUCUGAAGGUUUAUGGUAUAGUUUUAACAUAGGACCUAUCCAUUUCAUAGCAAUAGAAACUGAAGCUUACUACUUUAUGAAUUAUGGUAUAAAACAAGUAGUUAAGCAAUAUCAGUGGUUGGAAAAAGAUUUAAUAGAAGCAAACAUGCCCGAAAAUAGGGCACAAAGACCAUGGAUUGUUACAUUUGGUCAUAGACCAAUGUAUUGUAGUAAUGCAAAUCUCGAUGAUUGUACCAGUCAUGCAGAUCUAGUUAGAGUUGGCCUGCCAGUUUUAAAUUGGUUUGGUCUUGAAAAUCUUUUUUACAAGUACAAAGUAGAUUUAUUACUAUGGGCUCAUGAACAUAGUUAUGAACGUUUAUGGCCCAUGUACAAUUUCAAGGUACAAAAUGGUAGUUAUGAAAAUCCAUACAAAAACUACGGAGCACCUGUACAUGUAGUAACUGGAUCAGCAGGAUGUAAAGAAGGUCGAGAAAAGUUUGUUCCACACAGACCAGAAUGGUCUGCAUAUCGCAACUCGGAUUACGGAUACACUAGGAUGAAGGCAUACAACCAGACUCAUCUUUAUCUUGAACAGGUAUCCGAUGACAAGGGAGGUGCAGUUUUGGACCAUGUUUGGCUCGUGAAGGACGAUAUCUUACCGGCGUAUAAUGAACUUAGAUUACCUUGCAAAUAAAAUAUAGAACAUAAUGUAGGACAAAGUAAUUGAAACGAUAUACAGACAUAUUUUUUUAUCGUUUUUCUUUUUCGACAAUGUAUCGUGCUCUUUUAUGGCAAAUAGCAAAAUUGCAUAUCUACCAACUUCAAACAAUUGAGAUUUCAAUUCUAUUUAAAAAAUUUU